GAUUCCUUUUUCUUCGAAUGGCAGUUACAAAUUACAAAUGGAUAUCAUUCGCCUGGAUUUCAAGUCUGGCCUGGAGGCUCUUCUAAAAGCUAAUCCUAUCAGAGCUAUUUUUCUUGGUGUCCGAAUUGGUGAUCCUACUGCAGUAGGGCAGGAGCAGUUCUCCCCUAGUUCACCUGGAUGGCCGCCUUUCAUGAGAGUGAAUCCCGUCUUGGAUUGGUCAUACAGAGAUGUUUGGGCUUUUCUCUUGGCUUGCAAGGUUCCUUAUUGCAGCCUUUAUGAUCGAGGUUACACCUCAAUUGGUAGCAUUCAUGACACCGUUCCUAAUGCACUGUUGUGCCGUAGCGAAUCCAGCAGUAGUGAAGAUAAAUUCAGACCUGCCUAUUUGCUUUCUGAUGGAAGAUUGGAAAGAGCAGGGAGAGCUAAAAAGCUCAUUUCUCAGUCAUCGUCUGUUAUUUGCAAUGGCUUGAGAAGUGACGAUGUGAAUCUGCAAAGCAUGUUUACAGCCUCAGUCAUUGCUGUGGGAGAUGAAAUCCUGUUUGGCACUGUUGAGGAUCGGAUGGGAUCCAUAUUGUGUAGAAAGCUCCAUUUAAUAGGCUGGGCUGUUGCACAUAUUGCUGUUACCAGAAACGACAUUGAUUCUGUUGCAGAGGAAGUUGAGAGACAAAAAUCUAGAAAUGAUAUGGUUUUCAUAUACGGAGGGGUUGGUCCAUUACCAUCAGAUGUCACUGUAGCUGGUGUUGCCAAGGCAUUUGGUGUCCGCAUGGCGCCUGAUGAAGAAUUUGAAGAAUAUUUGAGGCAUCUCAUUGGAGAAAGGUGCACAGGGCAUAGGAAUGAGAUGGCGCAGUUGCCUGAAGGCAUCACUGAGUUGUGGCAUCAUGAGAAAUUGAGUGUUCCUUUGAUCAAGUGCCAAAAUGUGAUAAUUCUUACCGCGACAAAUAUUGAUGAGCUGGACGAGGAGUGGAAUUGCUUGAUUGAGUUAAUGAAAUCCAACGGGCUUUUAGCAAUUACGGAACCAUUUGUGUUGAAGAGACUGUCAACAACUCUUUCGGAUGUGGAAGCUGCUCAGCCUCUUUCAGAAAUGUGUUUUGAAUUUCCUGAUUUAUUCAUCGGGGGCUAUCGGGAAUCAAGAAAAGAUCCUCUGAUCAUUAGCUUCAAAGGAAAGGACAAAGGAAGAAUCAGUGCUGCUGCAGAAGCAUUAUGUAACAAGUUUCAUCCUGGUGCAUUUUCUGAAAUUGACUGAGCAUCGAAUGUUAUUUAAUUGGUAAAAAAAAGCUUUAAAGUGUCCGUAAAAGAGCUUCACGAGGGGUUAAGUUACGAGAAUUGGAUAAUGACAUCACCAUUCGUAACUUGUAAGGAAAUAAAGAGGUGUUGCGCGCAGAUGAGAUGACGAGAUAAAAGUGGGGAGAAUAGGGGGGAAAUGGAAGUAGAAAAUUGAUUUGAUGAACAACUCACUAUAUUUUAAAACAUCAAUCGAUUUUUCUGUAUUAUCAUAUAUGACUACAAUUUCAAGAAAUGAUAAUGAAAAUUCUCUGGAGGAGUCUGAACUGUGAAAGAUUACCUCAUUUACAGAGUUCACUGCAUAAUUUGUGGGCUCCAAUUGUUAAGUAUUAUCAAUUUUCUUCUUUUAUUGUCAUUCUCA